AUGCUUCAGGGUGGUAACCGGUUUAAGUAGUGAUGUUCCAGCGGAGAGCCAUCGCGCGUCUCACGCACUCGGUGUUGCCAGAUUGGGGGAUUCCCUUUCUGCAAAGGCAGGCAUAUACGCUUGUGUAGCUCUGACACACUUGGAUACACUUUGGGGUGGUUUACAACGAUUUUUUUUUUUGAGACGCAAUCUGGCAACCCGGGUUUAGGGGAAAUUGAACGGUGCGCAACAGAGACAUGGACUCGGGACUGCAGCGUUAAAACAAAAAAAAGUGAAAGGCUGAAGUGAGCUGGGUUGUGCUUUUGCAGCUCGGUCAUCUUGGUGUGUGUGCGUGUGUGAGUGUGUGUGUGUGAGUGUGUGAGGCUCGGCUCGGCUCGGCUCGGCUCGGCGGUGCGCCAUGGUGGAGCUGGAGAAGGAGGUGCUGCCGCUGCCGCCGCGCUACCGAUUCAGAGACCUGUUGCUCGGAGACUGGCAGACUGACGACAGAGUUCAGGUCGAGUUUUAUGUGAAUGAGAACACAUUUAAGGAACGCCUGAAGCUCUUCUUCAUCAAAAACCAGAGAUCCAGUCUGAGAGUGCGCCUCUUCAACUUCUUCCUAAAGGUGGUGAGCUGCCUGCUUUACAUUGUCCGAGUGCUACUGGAUGACCCACGUGAGCAGAGGGACUGCCCUGGCUGUCUCAGACAGAAUGCCUCUGCACAGAACAAAAGCCACUUUGACUGGUCCCUCAUUAUCUGGGUGAACAGACCUCUUCCGCUUUGGGCUCUCCAGGUCCUUGUGGCUUUCAUCAGCUUUUCAGAAACCAUGUUGCUUGUGUAUCUGAGCUACAAGGGCAACGUGUGGGAGCAAGUGUUGCGCGUCCCAUUCAUCCUGGAGAUGAUCAGCGCCGUCCCUUUUGUCAUCACUGUGAUUUUACCCUCACUCCGAAACCUGUUUAUCCCUGUCUUUCUGAACUGCUGGCUGGCCAAACACGCCCUGGAAAACAUGAUCAAUGACCUACACAGAGCCAUCCAGCGCACUCACUCAGCCAUGUUCAACCAGGUGCUCAUCCUCAUCAGCACCCUCCUCUGCCUCAUCUUCACCUGUAUCUGUGGGAUUCAGCACCUGGAGCGAGCGGGGAAUAAUCUCACCCUCUUCGACUCGCUGUAUUUCUGCGUGGUCACGUUCUCCACCGUGGGCUUUGGAGACGUCACGCCGCAGAUCUGGCCCUCGCAGCUCCUCGUGGUCAUCAUGAUCUGCGUGGCUCUCAUUGUGCUGCCCAUUCAGUUUGAGCAGCUGGCUUUCCUGUGGAUGGAGAGACAGAAGUCUGGGGGGAACUACAGCCGCUACAGAGCGCAGACUGAGAAACACGUCGUGCUCUGCGUCAGCUGUCUGAAGAUAGACCUCCUCAUGGAUUUCCUCAAUGAGUUCUUUGCUCACCCAAGACUGCAGGACUACUAUGUGGUGAUCCUGUGCCCAGCAGAGAUUGACGUCCAGGUACGGCGGGUCCUGCACAUCCCACUGUGGGCUCAGAGGGUCAUCUACCUCCAGGGCUCUGCACUCAAAGACCAGGAUCUGAUGAGGGCCAAAAUGGAUGAUGCCGAGGCCUGUUUUAUCCUGAGCAACCGAUUUGAAGUGGACCGCCUCGCUGCCGAUCACCAGACUAUCCUCCGAGCCUGGGCGGUGAAGGAUUUUGCCCCGAACUGUCCUCUCUACGUCCAGAUCCUCAAACCCGAGAACAAGUUCCACGUCAAAUUUGCAGAUCAUGUGGUGUGUGAAGAAGAGUUUAAGUACGCCAUGCUCGCCCUCAACUGUGUGUGCCCGGGCACGUCCACUCUGAUUACCUUACUGAUCCAUUCCUCCAGAGGACAAACAGCGCCUUCAGAAACCUUCAAGCAGCGAGGAGGAGCCUUUCAGCCCCUUAACAGGGAAGGAGGAGCAAACUCAGCUGACCAAUGGCAGCGCACGUACCGCCGCUGCUCAGCCAAUGAGGUUCAUCACAUCCGGCUGGAGGAGAGCAAGUUUUUUGGGGAGUACCAGGGCAAGAGCUUCACCUUCGCCUCAUUCCACGCACACAAGAAAUACGGUGUGUGCCUUAUUGCUGUACGGAGACUAGACACGGCCAACAUCCUGCUGAACCCUGGGCCGUGCCACAUCAUGGGUGCUUCAGACACCUGCUUCUACAUCAACAUCUCCAAAGAGGAGAACUCAGCCUUCGUCCGGGGCCACAGAGAACCCACCAGGGGCUCCGGGGACAGCUCCAGAGGCGUACCACAAACCAUCUACCACGGACUCACACGUCUGCCUGUCCACAGCAUCAUCGCCAGCAUGGGCACAGUGGCCAUAGACCUGCACGACUCCAGCGACAGCAGCCCCGAAGGCUCUGGCCCAGGGGGCGUGGCUCUGAGCGCUGGCAGGACCGGACGCAGCGGAACCCGCGUGGAGGUGGGUGGUGGCAACACUUUGGCUCCGCCCCCAAUGGGUGACUCGGGUGAGGACAGGAGGCACAGCAUUGCUCCAGUGCUGGAACUUGUGGAUGGAGUCCACAGCCCCACCUUCGACCUACUGGGGGACCAAUCAGAGGACGAGGGGGGAGAGGAUGGCAAAGAAGAAGAGGAGGAGGAGGAAGAGGAAGUGGCAGGGCAAGGAGAGCACAAGGGCCAAUGGUGGGGAGCGCAGGGCGAGUGGGUAAAGGGUUACCCACUGAACUCCCCAUACAUUGGAAGUUCUCCUGCCCUUUGCCACCUCCUGCAGGAGAAGAUGCCCUUUUGCUGCCUUCGCCUUGAUAAGGCGUGCCAUCACAUGCCCUACGAGGACGCUCGCUCGUACGGUUUCAAGAACAAGCUGAUCAUCGUGUCAGCGGAAAGCGCCGGUAACGGCCUCUACAACUUCAUUGUGCCUCUGCGAGCGUAUUACAGACCCAGGAAGGAGCUGAACCCUAUAGUGCUCCUGCUGGAGAGCAUACCUGAAGCAGACUUCCUCGAGGCUAUCUGCUGGUUCCCCAUGGUCUUCUACACUGUGGGAUCUAUCGACAAUCUGGACAGUCUAUUGCGCUGUGGUGUGACGUUCGCAGACACCAUGGUGGUAGUGGAUAAGGAGAGCUCAAUGAUUGCAGAGGAGGACUACAUGGCCGAUGCUAAAACCAUCGUGAACGUACAGACGCUCUUCAGGCUUUUCCCAGCUCUCAGCAUAAUCACAGAACUCACGCACCCAGCCAACAUGCGCUUCAUGCAGUUCAGAGUGAAAGACCACUACUCACUCGCCCUCUCCAAACUGGAGAAGAAGGAGCGAGAGCGCGGCUCCAACCUGGUCUUCAUGUUCCGCUUGCCCUUCGCUGCAGGGAAGGUGUUCAGUGUCAGCAUGCUGGACACGCUGCUGUAUCAGUCCUUUGUGAAGGACUACAUGAUCUCCAUCACCAGAUUGCUGCUGGGACUGGACUCCAUGCCUGGCUCAGGCUUCCUGUGUGCAAUGAAAAUCACAGAGGAGGACUUGUGGAUCCGCACUUAUGGCCGGCUGUACCAGAAACUCUGCUCCUCCACAGGAGACAUUCCCAUUGGCAUCUACCGCACAGAGGCUCAUAAACUCCCCGUGUCUGAGUCUCAGGUGUCCAUCACGGUGGAGGACUACGAGGACACUCGAGAGCUGCGAGAGCCUCUGCUCUGUCGCUCUGGUCCUCAUCGCAACUCCACCUCAUCUGAGCCUCUCUCCUCCUCAUCCUCGUCCUCCCAUGCCUCGGAUCACCCACUGCUGAGGAGGAAGAGCAUGCAGUGGGCACGGCGGCUGAGCCGGAAGAGCGGACGUGGGUCGAGUGGUGCCAAGGGUGCAGGCAGCGCUGCCGAGAGGAUCACGCAGCAGAGACUCAGCCUGUUCCGCCGCUCCGAGAGGCAGGAGCUCAACGCACUGGUCCGCACACGCAUGAAGCACCUCGGCCUCUCGCCAUCUGGAUUCAAUGGAAUGACUGACCAGGGCAACAGACUCUCCUACAUCCUCAUCAACCCGUCACCUGACACACGGCUCGAGCUGCACGAUGUCGUGUAUCUGAUCAGACCUGAUCCUCUGUCUCUGGUGCCUAACCAGGGGAGCGGGCGGAAACCCUGCGUCGGGAAAUCAGACACGGAUCGCCACCGGUUCAACACGCAGGACAGCACACACCUCUGAUCACACACCAGCACAACUACAUAGCGGCCUGGAAGUGUGUGUAUGGGUGUAUGUGUGUAUGUAUGUGUGUGUGUGUGUGUGUGUGUGAGAGAGAGAGAGAGAGAGAGAGAAAGAAGACCAAGAGACCGGAGAAGACUGGACUGUGAACUGGAACUGAUUCUAAUCAGUCGUUUCUUUUCUAUCCAGAAGACUAUCGAAUGCAUGGACCGGGUACAUUUUAUUUAUGCAUCGGUUUGGUUAAGAUUUUUUUUUGUUUGUUUUUUUGAUGCGAUGGAA